AUGGCGGCUUCAAGAGGGAACACGAAGGUCGUUGUUGUCGGAGGAGGAGGUACCAUUGGAUCUUCGACAGCGUUGCAUUUACUUCGGAAUGGAUACACACCUUCGAACAUUACUGUUCUCGACACAUAUGAGAUCCCUUCUGCUCAGUCAGCUGGGAAUGAUCUCAACAAGAUCAUGGGCAUUCGCCUGCGGAACAAGGUGGAUGUGCAGUUGAGUCUGGAAGCGCAAGAUAUGUGGAAGAAUGAUGAUCUGUUCAAGGCCUUCUUCCACAAUACUGGCAGACUCGAUUGUGAACAUACGGAAGAAGGAAUAAAAGGGUUGCGCAAACAGUAUCAGACCCUGCUUGAUGCAGGCGUGGGACUUGAAAAGACCAACGAGUGGCUAGACACCGAGGAUCAAAUACUGGCCAAGGCCCCUACGCUGGAGCGCGAGAAGAUUAAAGGCUGGAAAGCUAUUUUCAGCGAAGACGGUGGCUGGUUAGCAGCUGCAAAAGCAAUCAGAGCCAUCGGAUUAUACUUGAAGGAGCAGGGUGUUAAUUUCGGUUUUGGAGGUGCCGGAACGUUCAAAAAGCCGCUGUUCGCGGAAGACGGUAUCACCUGCAUAGGGAUCGAAACCGUCGAUGGCACAAAGUACUACGCCGACAAGGUGGUACUUGCUGCAGGAGCCUGGAGUUCAGUAUUGGUAGAUCUCGAAGACCAGUGUGUCUCAAAAGCUUGGGUAUAUGCUCAGAUGCGUCUGACCCCUAAAGAAGCAGCGGAGUACAAGAACUCGCCAGUAGUGUAUAACGGCGACGUUGGCUUCUUUUUCGAACCGGACGAGUACGGUGUGAUCAAAGUUUGCGACGAAUUCCCCGGCUUCACGCGCUUCAAGAAGCAUCGACCGUUUGGCGCGGAUCGUCCUAAACAGAUUUCCGUGCCCAGGUCGCAUGCGAAGCACCCGACAGACACCUACCCAGACGCUUCUGAAAAGAGCAUUCGGAGAGCCAUCGAUACGUUCCUUCCACAGUUCAAUAAGAAGAAGCUAUUCAAUCGAGCGCUGUGCUGGUGUACAGAUACUGCGGAUGCUGCACUGCUGAUCUGUGAGCAUCCGAAGUGGAAGAACUUCAUACUGGCCACUGGCGAUAGCGGUCACACCUUCAAGCUUCUACCAAAUAUCGGUAAACAUGUCGUGGAAUUAGUAGAAGGCGAGUUGGCGGACGAUUUGGCAAACGCUUGGAGAUGGCGCCCAGGCGGGGACGCGCUCAAGUCGAGGCGGGCAGCGCCGGCGAAAGACCUUGCAGAUAUGCCCGGUUGGAACCACGACGCUGCAAAGGCGAAGCUGUAG